CGGCGGGCUCGCCGCUCUCCCGCAGCCCGGUCUCCAGCUCCAGCAGCCGCUCCCGCAGGCGCCGCAGCUCCGGCAGGCCCGCGCCGCCUCGCCGCCCGCUCUCCUGCUCGGCCUCCUCGUCCGCCAUCUUCGCACCCCGCUCCGUCGCUCGUGAAAGGAAAGCAGCACAACCUAUUUCUUGCAUGCUGUUGAAAGCUGAGGCGUCUGAUGGAAUGAACGCUAAGAGCUGGAAAGAAAAGAGCACCCAGCAUCAUGGGAUCAAGGCUGGGCUGCCUAAGUUUAUACUUGACAAUUCUGAUGCCAUUGGCCUGAUUCUUGAGUGUGUGCGGCCUUGUGCAGAUGGAUGUGACGAGCUCCAUGCCGCGUGGGGAAGCAUGUGCAGAGGAACCGACAUGGCGCUGGCUCCACGUACAGACACAGCAUAGGUGCACCAGGACAUCUCUGUGCCUCUGAUGAUAAGCCUUGCGUCUCAGCUGAGCUUAGUAAUUCCAGGAUUUGGUUGAGUGCUGGGAAGCGUAUGCACAGCAUUGAAACUUCUUGCAAACAUUUUCUAGACCACCAUCCAGAUGCCUUGUGGCCCACCGGUGGUUCACAGACGGCAGGGAAGAUCAUGGAUUGCUACGGGAAGUAUGCAGCUGUCACUUUGACCAUUUUAUCUGUAUUUCUGCAUCUUCUUCAUUCUUUCCCAGAUGGAGAGUUUCUCAUGCAUGGUUGUCCAGAGUGCAAGCUAGGGGAGAACAGAUUCUUUUCAAAACCAGGAGCACCCAUUUACCAGUGCACUGGGUGCUGUUUCUCCCGGGCCUAUCCCACUCCAAUGAGGUCCAAGAAGACCAUGCUCGUGCCAAAGAACAUUACAUCAGAAGCCACAUGCUGUGUAGCAAAGGCUUUCACCAAGAUUACCCUUAAGGACAAUGUGAAGAUAGAGAACCACACAGACUGUCACUGCAGUACCUGCUACUAUCAUAAAUCCUAAAGCCUGUCUCUUUGUUAAUGAUCAAGGACAACGGUGAAUGGAAUAUUUGUUUUUCAGCUUUUAUAGCACUGCUGUGUAAAAUCUUAUAUUUUCUGGUCAAGACACUGAGUAGGCCCUCGAAUAAGAUGGAUGGCUGUUUUAUUUCCUCUUUGCUUCUUCAUGCAUUUAAGUAAGUUUAACUAUUUCUAUUAGGGAUA